UACGGCGCCCUGAACGUCACGUCCUCCGCCAACGCCACCGAGAUCCGCGGCAAGUACCGUCGGCUCGCGCUGCAGUACCACCCCGACAAGCUCUCGCACCUCCCAAAGUCCAAGCGGCGAAAGGCGGAGGAGAACUUCAAGAUCAUCGCCGAGGGCAAGGAGGUGCUGAGCGACCCGGGAAGGCGGGAGGAGUACGACAGGGUC